GUUUAUGGGAAGAUGUAUUCGUGUUGACAUUUUUGGCCGUGGAGCCUGGCUGCACUAGCUUGCUGGGCGAAUAUUUGACCAGAAAUCAUGUGCCGAAUCGCGCCGAGCUGUUUGGCGAAACGGGAAGCUGAGGACUUUUCACGUCCAAGCCGUGGGUUUUGUGCAACGCUAGAAACCUAAAAAAUAAGCAAAUGAAAUUGUACCAGACGAAACAGCGCGUUGAAAUGCUUCGCCCUGUGCCAAGUGACGAGGGGGGCACCGCCCCUCUCCUAGUGUUAGCCUGGAGUCUGACCCGAAAACGGGCUACUUGUUACGCUGAAUAAUCUCUCAUGCCCUUUAACGACAAAUUGGCCUCAUAUAGUUGUAAUCGUCAGAUGCACGUAGAUUUAGUGAUUCUUGGAAUCGUAUCCGAGGAUGUUUAGGCUUGUUUAAUUGCGCAACACUAACCGUUGCCAUUCUGUGUGUUUGCACAUGUAAGACAAGUAUCACUGCAAAGUAGCUAAAUUAUGAUUUGGUUCAUUCAGAUAUUACACUCUGAUGCUAGACCCUCCACUGGUUUAUUAUUGGGUACAAUCCUGUUUGUUUUCCCCCUAAGGACAUUAACAAUCCUUAACGGUGUAACGCAAUCUUCAUAAAGACCAUUUGUAGAACGAAUAUAUGUACUGAUUUGGUAACUUUUUUUUUGUGUGGAGGCAAUGGUGACUUUAUUGACUAGUCUGACCUUAAUGCUCCAGUAUGGUUUUUAAAUUACUAAUUUUGUUGAAAAUGUUCUGUCAUGCAGAUCUGUUUUGUAUUUGAUGUCAGUCCAUUCCUUUCAGAGUUUGCUUUCCUCCUGCAGUUUGAGGCAAUGCAUUUGAGUGAACUGGCGAUUCAGUUUCCCAUAACGAGUGUGUGUCCCUUGUCCUGGACUGGCAUCCUGUCCUAAGUCUUCCCCUGCCUUGUGCUCUGUGCUGCUUCUCACCUUGUAGCCCCCUUCCUCUGUUCUCAUGUCUUUUAUAAUACUGAAUUAUGAUAAUUUCCUCUUUCACGUGUGUGUGUGUGUGUGUACACUUCUGUGUUCUUCAGUACUUGCCUCAUGCUUGGCAUGUAUGGGCUUCCAUCACUUGUCACUGCACAUUAGCAUCUUCAUCUUACCAAUCUAAAAUUGUAUAACUUACAAUAGCAAAGCAUUAAAAAAUAGUUCAAGGUACCCUAUAAGGCUCAUAUUAUUUCCCUGUACAUUUUUUUAUACCUCUUGAUAUUUCACUGUCAGUUUCUAGAACUUUUAGUACAUUACCCUCAACCCAACCUUUUUUUUUUUUGCAUGUAUUACUCUUUUUUUUGUCCUAGGUAAGAGACCUGGUGAAUUUUAUUUUAAAGAUCCAAAGUCACAUUCGUAUGUAGAAUACAGGGCCCCAGAGUACCUUGAGAGAUGCUGUUCUGCUCUUCCAAAGUUUGAUUUGAUUCCAGGCAUUCCUUUGCAAACAUGGGGGGUGAGGCCUGGGUCCUUAGCCCCCUGCGGGGAACGCAGUUUCCUCUGCGAUCCUCCACCAGCUUGUUUCCUUCGUGUGGCCUUGCGAUGUGGAAAACUUUUAUUUUUCUAGGAAGAAAGCCACGUGGUCUUCAAAGAUACUACAAAUGAGGAUGAAUGGUCAUCACUGCAGUGUCCCUGUACCACCACUGUCUCUUAAUGAAAUAAUUUUAUGUAAUGUAAUAUGCAGUGUGUCCAGUAUUUCUCUGGAGGCAGCAAAGCACUUCAUUCUGAUUAACCAGCAGCUUACAGGAUUCUGGCAAGCGUGUUCCCAUUUAAUAUUAACUGUGCAGUACAUCUUUGGGGAAUUCAGUCCCGAUGAGUUCAAACAGUUCUUCGUAACUCCUCGCUGUUUUGUUGAGCUUCCCCCAUUCAAUGACAAAGUCUCUUGUGCAUCUCAAUCCUCAGGAAGUUUCUGUACUCCUGCUGUGCCAUUCCUUACGGAAACUAUGAGACUGCAGGUCUGCGGGGAUGAAUUCCAGCACAUUGAAUUCGGUGUGGGAGACGUCAUGGAUGAUGGACCUGCUGGGGUGAAGGAUUCCAAGCUCCAGGUCUCCAGCACCCUGAACCCCCAAGCUCCAGAGUUCAUCCUUGCCUGCCAAACCGCACCGAAACUCCCGCCAGCUGCUGACGAGUCUGACUGCACGAACGGCGACUCCCAGGGCCCAGGAUCCGAGGUGCCAUCACUGGAUGGCGGCCAGGCCUGCCCGGACCUGGAUGGGGCAGUGGGUGGCCUCGGGCAGCGGGAGCGCAAAAAGAAGAAGAAACGACCUCCGGGAUAUUACAACUACCUGGAGGGCCCAGAAGACCCCACAGCUCUUCCUGAGACUCCGCUGGGGAUAGUGCUUGUGAACGGCCACUCCCCAAAUGCCCCUGAUCUUUGCUCUGAGGACUUGGUUAGCCCUGUAGCACUGGCAGUCUCGCUUCCACAGGGCAGACCGGGACCCGGUUUCCCCGAUUCAGCCCUCGUCAAUGACCAGAGGACUUGCGAAAGCCCAGAUGAUCCCUCUUUGGACGAAAGGGGCGUGGUCACAUCUUUGUCGGACAGAAACGCAGUUCAUUCUUCCUCGCAUUGCGGCGGCGGGGGGGCUGAACGGGGAAGGACUCCUGAGCCGCGGCCUGAGAGCCCGGUGGUGCUGGACAAUGGGCAGCCCAGCACCAGCCCCACUUCUCUGCUGCCACCUUCUGCCCCUGCCGUUAGUCCCAGCACCAGACACCUUGCAGAGGCCGAAGACCGUAGUGACAGUGGGGUCGUGAAUGGGCUGACGGAUGUCGGCAGUGGCGCCGAUGGACAGAAGGACUCCUCUGAGACUGGGGAGGCCCUGCCAUUGGUCCAGCACCUGACCUUGUCCCCCACGGACCAGGAUGCAGAGCUGCCCUCCCCUACUCCCCCAACUCUCCCUGUGGCUUCCACUGUUCAGCCACUUAAGUCCUGGGCUAGUCUCUUUCACAGCCCUAAGCCCCCGUCUGGGAGCUCGCAGGCAGAGGCGGAGCCCAGAGACAUAUCACCUGUUGCUCCCACUAUUCUGUCUACCCCUCAGACCCCUGAGAAGUUGGGGGAGUUGAAGGAGGGCCCAGUUCAUGUGUCAGAAGAUCCUCUUGCCCCCAGACUUGCAGAGCUGAUAGAGGAUGUGAAGUUGAUACACAAACCUGUGUCAUUACAACCCAGAGGACUAAUCAACAAGGGGAACUGGUGUUAUAUCAAUGCUACCCUUCAGGCUCUGAUCGCUUGCCCUCCCAUGUACCACUUGAUGAAGUCCAUCUCCAUGUUAAAGGACAGUCAGCGGCAGUGCACCUCCACUCCUAUGAUUGACAACUUCGUUCGGCUGGUGAAUGAGUUCAGCAACAUGCCCUUUCCCUCCAAGGCCAAACAGCAAGCUGCCGGGGACAGGAUAAUGAAAGACUUACGACCUGGGGUUCCCUUUGAACCAAACUACAUCUACAAACUUCUGACUGUCAUCAAAUCAAGUCUAUCAGAGAAGGGCCGACAGGAGGAUGCUGAGGAGUACCUGGGCUUCAUCCUCAACGGUCUGCAUGAGGAGAUGCUGGCCCUGAAGAAGCUGCACUCCCCACAGGAAGAAAAAGCCCCCACACAAAACGGCGCCGAACCCCAGUUAGGACCAGAGGGAGCCGAGGCCUCUGGGAAAGAGGACAGCGAAGACGAGUGGGAGCAUGUCGGCCCCCGGAACAAGAUCUCCGUGACACGACAGGCCGGCUUUGUCCGUACUCCCAUCACGGACAUAUUCGGCGGGCAUAUGAGGUCGGUGGUGUACCAGCAGAGCUCCAAGGAGUCGGCCACGCUGCAGCCCUUCUUCACCCUGCAACUAGACAUCCAGUCUGAGAAGAUCCGCACUGUGCAGGAGGCGCUGGAGAGUCUAGUGGCGCGCGAGUCGGUCCAGGGUUACACCUCCAAAAGCAAGCAGGAGGUCGAGAUAAGCCGCAGGGUGACCCUGGAGGAGCUCCCCCCGGUGCUGGUUCUCCAUCUGAAGAGGUUCGUGUUUGAGAAGACGGGGGGCUGUCAGAAGCUGGUGAAGAAUAUCGAGUACCCCAUAGACCUGGAGAUCAGCAAAGAUCUUCUUUCACCUGGGGUGCGGAACAAAAUUUUCAAAGGCCAAAGAACAUACAGGCUUUUUGCAGUCGUCUAUCACCAUGGGAACAGUGCCACCGGUGGCCACUACACCACUGACGUCUUCCACAUCGGCCUGAAUGGCUGGCUUCGCAUCGACGACCAGGCAGUGGAGGUCAUCGCCCAGUACCACGUGCUGAAGCAGAGUGUGGAGCGCACCGCCUACCUGCUCUACUAUCGCCGCCUCGACCUGCUGUAGGGCUCGCUGUCCUGAGAACACUGCCAGAAUUCAUCCUUCUCGCAGACGCCCCCCCCCCCCCCCCCCCCCCCCCC